AUGUCAAUUAGUUCUUAUCAAUCAAUGAUUAAUAAUAAUCUAACUAGUUUAUCAACAACAUCAACUGGUUCAUCAGUAUCAAAUUCAUCAUCAGGUUCAACUGGUGGCAGUGGUAGUAAUGCACCAAUGUCAUUAGCUGCUGCUAAUGUUGUACGUGGUAUAAUGGAAAAAGUUUUAGCAACACCACCAAUGGGUGCUAGUAUAAGUGGAGGAAUACCAUCAUCAUCAUCUAAUGCUGCUGCUGCUGCUGCUGCUCGAUUAUUUAAUGAACUUGAUUAUUUAUCAUCACCAGGACUUGAUUCAGAUUUUGGUGAUACAUCACCAUUACUUUGUACAAGUUCAUCUAAUUUAAAUAAUCAAUAUCUUCGUUUAGCUAUUAAUAGUAAUAAUAAUAAUAAAGAACAACAACAUUGUCAUCAUGGAAAUUUUCUUACACGACAUUGUUUAUCACAAAAUAAUAAUCGAGCAAUAAACAGUCCAUUUUCACAUCAACAAUUUACAGAUUUAACAAAUUUAAUUGAUUAUUCACCACCAUCAAAUUCUAUGACAAAUAUAUUUUCUGAACCAGAUGAUAUAAAUGAUUUAAAUGGAAAUAAAAAAUUUAUUGCUAAACGAGCACAAAUUGAUAUGACUAAACAAGUAACAGAUGCUCGUGCUUUAUAUUUUAUGUUAGGUAUUAAAAUGAAAUGUAAAUUUUGUUUUGAAAAUGGUGAAUCAUUUGAAGUUUAUCGUUCUCAUAUGUUACGUAAUGGUGCUGGUACAAUACUUUGUCCAAUAUUACGUGCUUAUGUAUGUCCAAAAUGUGGUGCUACUGGUGAUUUAGCACAUACAUUACGUUAUUGUCCAUUACAUCAAUCACCUGGUAAUACUCAAUUACUUGGUAGUGCUUUUGAUUAA